AUGAUGUUGCAUCUCAUACUGUUGUUUUCCUUGUGCUGCCAGUUCGUCUACUCGCAGACAGAUUGCCAAUUCUUCCGUCCUGCGACCAACAACUACACAGCAUGGUCAGAGAGUCACAUUGCCACUUGGUGCAAGCAUCACGACCCCUCAUCCACCUCUCAAUGUGCCACUGUCUCAUGGCCUGAAAGCAUCCCAAGUCUAAGACGCGUCAAUCAUCGCCGCAAUCCCUUGGAAUUCAUCCUCCGGCUCAAGCCUAGGAUUGGCACGAGGAAAGACUGCAUCGCCCGCUCGUCUGCACUUUCUCUCACUUACGGAAAGAAUGCCAACGGUCUGUACGAAGCUGCCACCUGCGACCUCUACUACUUCGACUACACGCGCAGCGCUGAGUGUGUGUGCUUCCCCGUCUAUGAUGACCAUGUUUCUCACACCACUUACAUCGACCACGACAUCUACGACAUCACGAGUGUCUUCGCAACCACAUCCGUCUUCUAUCCUCCGGAGCAAGUGGUAAGCAGCUAUCUUCUUGCAGCUGCUACUCAAGGGACGCCCACAACCUGCAACCCCAAGAGAACCACUUGCCCAAAGUCUGCCAAUCUCGUGCACCGGAAGCCUCGUGUGCUUGGCGACUUUCCAUACUGUCCAAGACCUGGUCAACAACAGAAAAUUCCAACUCGUACCUAUUACCAUGACGACAUGCCAUCCAAGCCAUCCAAGCCAUGCAAAUCAUCCAAAUCGCACAAGUCGCACAAGUCGCACAAGACUCACUCACCAAAACCAUGGGCCUUGUUGCCCAACAGCCAUGCCUGCAAAAGCAAAGACACCAAAGAGCAAAAGUCACAAUGCAAGAUUGACAAGUGUAUGUGGAGCUUUGUCAGACCUUACAUGUCUCCAACUGUUGCAGCCCGUGCAGUCACCAACGCCAAGGGUGCUAAACUCUUUGUCACAUCUGUGACGGAUUACGUCAACAUCACCACACCACACUGGGGGUUCCUCGCCCACCCUUCCUCCAUCACUCAGCCUUGUUCCACAUCGCUGAGUUCCAAGGACAGAAAGAAGAAGGAAAAGGAUGCCAAGAUCGUGUCAAAACCUCUGUGCCGUAACGCCAACGAAUGCCGGGCAUGGUGUGAGAAGAGAGUCAAGGCUCCCUUCAAGCACAUGAUGGUGCUUUUGGCAGGCUUCACUGCCGUUUCCGCAUUAGCUUCUUUGGCCAUGUUGGCCAGACUCUGCUUCCGCCGCCGCCGAAACAAGGCUCGUGCUGAGGACAACAAUCAAGUUGUGCAGGGCGUGGAGCUUGUGCAGAUUCCUUCAGCCGCUGCAGGAGAGAGGGCUGGUGACCCGGGCGGCCAGGGCGGUCAAGGCGGUCAGGGUGCCGAGAUGAACAGCUUGGGCAACGGCCCUCGGACUGUGAGAGGCCAGGAGAUUGUUCAAGCUCCAUCGACCGCGAGAGGUCAGGACAUCGCAAUGGGUUCUUCUAUUGCCAGAGACCAAGGGCUUGGACCGGGUCCCUCGACUGCAAGAAGCCAGGAGGUUGUGCAGGCCCCUCUGACGGUGAGCGGUCAGCAAGUUUCGCAGGGUCCUUCGACUGGCACAAGAGAAAGAGUGCGCUACCAGAGUGGCGAACUGGAUGAGGUGGAUCACCUGGGUAACAGCCCUAGAGUUGUGAGAGAUCAGUCGCUUCAUUAG